UCUAGGACUAAAACAGUGACUCACACAUUCAAGAUGCUUUCUCAUUCUCUUAUAUCUCUCUCUAAAUAUACCCUAUGAAACUGUAUUCCUGUCCUGAGUCUCCUCUCCUUCUUCCUCUCAACAAGCAGCUCAAAGAUGAAUAUUAGGCAAAAGAUUGAUGACAUAAGAAGUCUGAGAUUAAUAACUGCUGUGAAAACUCCAUACUUACCAAAUGGCGAAAUCGAUCUCAAAGCAUAUGAUAACUUGGUGAAUAUACAGAUUGAAAAUGGUGUUGAAGGAAUUCUUGUUGCUGGAACAACCGGUGAAGGCCAACUAAUGAGCAUAAAUGAUAAAGUAAUGCUAAUUGCUCACACAGUUAACUCUUUUGGUGAUAAAGUAAAAGUCAUUGGUAAUGCAGGAAGCAACUCAACAUCACAAGCAAUUACUAUAACUGAGCAUGGUUUUGCUGUUGGAAUGGAUGCAGCACUUCAUAUAAACCCUUACUAUGGAAAAACCUCAAUGGAAGGUUUGAUUGCUCAUUAUAAUAGUUUGCUUUCUAUAGGGCCUGUUAUUAUAUACAACAUACCUUCAAGAACUGCUCAAGAUAUUCCUCCUAGUGUGGUUGAAAUAUUGGCUGAAAACCCUAAUUUUGUUGGUGUGAAAGAGUGUGUGGGAAAUGAGAGAGUGAAAAUGUAUACAGAUAAAGGGAUUGUUGUGUGGACUGCAAAUGAUGAAGAAAGUCAUGAAGAUAGAUGGGAAUAUGGAGCAGUUGGGAACAUGUCUGUUGCGAGUAAUUUGAUUCCUAGUUUAAUGGUGAAACUUAUGGUUGAUGGAAAGAAUCAUUUGUUGAAUUCAAAGCUUAUGCCUUUGUUUGAUUGGCUUUGUUUAGAGCCAUGUCCAAUUGCUUUGAACACUGCUCUUGCUCAACUUGGUGUUAUUAAGCCUGUUUUUAGACUACCAUGUGUGCCUUUGAGGAGGGAAAGAAGGGUUGAGUUUGUUAAGUUGGUGAAGGAAAUUGGAAGAGAGCAUUUUGUUGGAGAAAAUGAUGUUGAAGUUCUUGAUGACCAUGACUUUAUCAUGGUUGGUCGUUAUUAGUUUAGAUUAAUUGUCCUUUUUGUACAACUGUAAUUUCAUGCAUGUUAAAGUGAUAUAUAUGCAAAUCAGUGUGAGCAUUAUAAAAUGAAAUAUGGAAACAAAUGCAUAUGUUUUCUUGUGUGAA